AAUAUUUUCAGUGUUGGCCAAUGAAAACCUUUAAAGAUUCUGGAUGACAGAAGCAACAUGUAAUAUAGAUGUUGAAAAUCAUCAACGAGAGUUCGCAGAGUUGUGAAAACGGCAGUAAAAUACGAAAACAGCUUAUGCCCAGAAGGACAUUGUCUUAACUAAACAGUGACUAUAAAAGGAGGAGAAACUGCAGCAAGGUUUUGUAUUUCUUACUAAAAUGUCGAGUUCUCUGUGUCUGAAGAAAGGAGAUAAAAGGGUGGCGAUGGUGAUGGUAAUGGUGAUAGCGACGGUUUUGCCUUAUGUUGCUGUGGCCGUAGGCGGAUGCAAGAAAAUGCUGUAUGCUACAAACCUGAUGGGGAAAGCUCUAAUGAACCACGAAUUUCGCUCAACCGAAGCUAACUCCGACAGCCACUGUAGCAGCUUGUGUUUCCAUGACGACCGUUGUAUUUCAUACAAUUUCGGUCCUAUCAUUGAAUUCAAGGGGAUAUGUAACCUCAGCCAUGCCGACCACCUCCAAUACCCAGAAGACUUCGUUGACGCGGCCGGGCAUUACUACAGCGCGGUUGAGAAUUCCUGUGACUGCACGAAGGACCAGAUCUGUCGACUUAACUUCUUGGACGGCACGCACCAUUGUGAUUUCAACGACACGUCAUUCCAUCGUUGUCACGCAUUCAAUACAUCAUCGGACGGUGUCAUACAACUCGAAGCAACUCAUUCAUCCUGGCAAGCGGACGGCUUCUGCAGAGUAGACUUUACGCCUACGAGCAUCGUCACUGGUCAGCAGUAUAGCAUCACCGUUGACCUGCGCGCUAGGCAUGUCUCCCAUGACACAAAUCGAGGUGUACAUCCGGGAGUUGCGUUUAACAUGGUUGACGGCGACAACUUCGACGUUGUGUAUUUCAGGCCCCAUAGCGUGGAUACCUGCUUUCAGCCUGGAUCAGUAGGAGCUGGCACUUUCUAUGAAAAACAAUCGUCAUCUUGUGGCUCGCAACACCCCGGCCGGGAUGAGUGGUUCUCAGUUUCACUUUCUGUCACGCAAUCCUCUGUCACGGUGAAAAUCAACAGUGUUGUUGUAGGAACCUUCAGCCCAACGUACCCUUUGAAAAGACAAGGCGCCGUCGUGGUUGCUAAUGGUUUCGAUACUGUGCUGUAUGUGCGCAACUAUCAAGCCUAGUCUUUCUCUCUCAUUUUUUUUAUUAUUGUUUUUCACCUUCUCCUUUUUGCUUUUUAAUUUCCCUCUAUUUUUCCUUUCAUAUUUCUUAAUUUCUUUUCUAUCUUUUUUUCCUUAUUUCGUUGCUCCGGUGCCUUUUUUGUUUGGCUUAUGGACUAUUAUUUUUCAUUUUUUUUUUAUUUACUUAGAUUAACAUUUUUACUCACCUUCUUCUUAUUACUAACUUCGCUUGUCCGUAUCUAUAUUGCCCAUUUUCUUCUAUUGUUUCUGUUUUCCUCUUUUAUUCAACUUCUAUUUCAUUUGACACUUUUUAUACCUUCUCCUUUCAUUUUUGUUUUAUUUCAUUUUACUCACUCUUACCCUCGCUCAGCAAUGAUGAUUGAGGAUGAUUGCAAUAGUCUGUCCGGUAAGGAUUACUUUGAUGAUGGCAAUGAUAUGUACAGAAAAAAAGAAACUCUGAUAGCACCAAAAAACCCUGUCCGAGGUAGACACCUCCGAUAGUGACACUAUCAGGGAUUGAAAACUCCUGUAAUAGCAAUAUAUUGUCCAGAACAGACUCUUGGAUAACAGACCACUCGGAUAAUGGCAAUACUCUGUACGGGAUAGACCACUCGGAUAAUGGCUAUACUCUGUGCGGGAUAGACCACUCGGAUAAUGGCAAUACUCUGUAAUAGCAAUAUCUUGUCCAGAACAGACUCUUGGAUAAUGGUAAACACCGUCCGAGAUUAACAACUCGAUAGCGACAAUAUUUCGUCCGGGAUAGACCACUCCUAUAAUAGCAAUAUAUAGCAAUAUGACCGGAACAGACCACUCGGAUAAUGGCAAUUUUUUGUCCGGGAUAUAACACUCAGAUAAUGACUAUACUCUGUCCGGCAAAGACCACUAGGAUAAUGACUAUACUCUGUCCGGGAUAGACCACUCGGAUAAUGACAACAAUCUGUCCGGGAUAGACCUCUCUGGUAGCUGUAAUAAUCUGUCCGGGAUAGACCACUCGGAUAAUGACAAUAAUCUGUCCGGGAUAGACCACGCGGAUAAUGAAAACACUCUGUCCGGGAUAAACCUCUCGGAUAGCGACUAUAAUCUGCCUGGUAUAGUCCACUCCUCCAAUAAACUGUCCGGAACAGACCACUCAGAUAAUGGCAAUAACCUGUCCGGUAUGUACCACUCGGAUAAUGACUAUACUCUGUCCGGGAUAGACAACACUGGUAGCUGCAAUAAUCUGUCCGGGAUAGACCACUCGGAUAGCUGCAAUACUGUGUCCGAUAUAGACCACUCGGAUAACGACUAUACUUUGUCCGGGAUAGAACUCUCGGAUAGCGACAAUAAUCUGCCUGGGAUAGUCCACUCCUCGAAUAUACUGUCCGGAACAGACCACUCAGAUAAUGGCAAUAAUCUGUCCAGUAUGGACCACUCGGAUAAUGACUAUACUCUGUCCGGGAUAGACCACUCGGAUAAUGGCAAUACUCUGUCCGGGAUAGACCACUCGGAUAAUGGCAAUACUCUGUCCAGGAUAGACCACUCGGAUAAUGGCAAUACUCUGUCCGGGAAAGACCACUUGGAUAAUGGCAACACUCUGUCCGGGAAAGACCACGUGGGUAAUGGCAAUACUCUGUCCGGGAAAGACCACUCGGAUAAUGGCAACACUCUGUCCGGGAAAGACCACGUGGAUAAUGGCAACUCUCUGUCCGAGAUAGACAAUUCGGAUAAUGGCAACACUCUGUCCGAGAUAGACCACUCGGAUAAUGGCAAUACUUUGUCCGGGAUAGACCACUCGGAUAAUGACUAUACUCUGUCCGGGAGAGACCACUUGGAUAAUGGCAAUACUCUGUCCGGGAUAGAGCACUCGGAUAAUGGCAAUACUCUGUCCGGGAUAGACCACUCGGAUAAUGGCAAUAGUCUGUGCGGGAUAGACCACUCGGAUAAUGGCUAUACUCAGUCCGGGAUAGACCACUCGGAUAAUGGCAAUACUCUGUGCGCGAUCGACCAAUUGGAUAAUGGCAAUACUCUGUACGGAUAGACCACUCGGAUAAUGGCUAUACUCUGUGCGGGAUAGACCACUCGGAUAAAGGCAAUACUCUCUCCGGGAUAGACCACUCGGAUAAUGGCAAUACUCUGUACGGGAUAGACCACUCGGAUAAUGGCUAUACUCUGUGCGCGAUCGACCAAUUGGAUAAUGGCAAUACUCUGUACGGAUAGACCACUCGGAUAAUGGCUAUACUCUGUGCGGGAUAGACCACUCGGAUAAAGGCAAUACUCUCUCCGGGAUAGACCACUCGGAUAAUGGCAAUACUCUGUACGGGAUAGACCACUCGGAUAAUGGCUAUACUCAGACCGGGAUAGACCACUCGGAUAAUGGCAAUACUCUGUCCGGGAUAGAGCAGGCAUGUACCCAGGAAGAGGAAUCAUUUUAAAAAAGGAACUCUCGAAUUUGACAUAGCUCGAUAGUUCCAGUCGAGUACACAGGAUAGGCUGAGAAGGGUGCGCAGUCAUAGGUAUCAGUGGAGAAAGUGUAUUUUUUUUAGAUUUCAUAAUAAGAACUUACCCAGUUGAUAGAGGUUGACAGCCAAACAAUGAUUUGAUUUUGCAAAAACACAGAUGGGAGGAGACGCAGGCAAAAACAAGGAAUAACUGAAGCUGAACAGCCUACCCCCCCCCCCCCCCCCACCGCCACACAUUUCGCACCCCCAAGAAAAAUCUUGGGUACAGGCGCCCGUUUCUCAGAACACCCGAGAUUUCUCGGUCCCGAAAACAUUUUUUUGCAUUUUUGCUAAAAAAAUUCGCAUGUUUUCCUUUUGGAGAACCGCUUUCAUGUUUGAGAACAGUUUGAGCUUCCUCUUGGUUCGAAUUCCAAAUGAUUACACUCAAUAGGGCUAUUUUCGAAGUUUUGCUGAAGCCUAAAAGUUACCCGAAUAGUCUCGGGUGAGAGCGAGGUCCCGAGAACUUUCUUAAUGUUUAAGCCAUGUAAAUUUCGGGCCCGAGAAGUUCGAGAAAGAUCAAAAUCUAUAAAUAGAAUCAUCCUUUACAUAAAUCUUUGUGAUAAAAUACGAUGUUUGACGAUAUUUCAACACAUUUAGAUACCAUAAGUUUUAUAGAAAUUAGCCAGCUUUUCAAAUUUAAGGAAUAAAACGUUUUCGGGCCCGAGAAUUGAUUAUUGAUAAUCAAGUGGAGGCUGGAUAUUUUCGUAGAAGUUA